AGCACCGCAGCGUAUUUAAAGGUAACGCUCUUUCCUGCUCUGGUGGGUUCGUAGGGCGGUGGUGCCCCGCCAUGGCGUUUCUUCCGUGGCCCCCUCACUGCUGUUUUGUUCUCCCUCUCCAUCCGACGUCUUUCUGCUAGAACCGAACUCCGUCUACCCACACACACACACACUCACGAUGCAAUUAUCCCACUCCGUCCUUAUUUCCGUUGCUGCCCUCGUCGCUUCCACGCAGGCCGAAGACCUCUUGGUCGCCUUGAACUCGGACAUCCAGUCCAACCCUAACCAGUACUUGAGCUUUGUCCAGGAACACACCACCGCCAAUGUCGGCCCGCUAUUGAGCUUGUACCAACAGGCCCAGACCUACACUGACGACUCCUACACCACCUUGGUCGACUCGUCCGAGCUCGCCUCCAUCUCCUCCUUUGCCACCGAGUUGCCAUGGUACUCCAGCAGAAUCGCUCCAGAGCUCGGCGCUGACGCCACCACGACAGAUGCUUCCGGCUCCGCCAGAUCCUCCGCUGCCCCAAGAUCCUCCGAAGCAAGAUCCUCCGAAGCAAGAUCCUCCCACGCUGCUUCCUCCCACGCUGCUUCCUCCCACGAUGCUUCCUCCCACGCUGCUUCCUCCCACGCUGCUGCGUCUUCCGACAGCGCCUCCGCUUCCGCCUCCCAGUCUGCUCCUGUCUCUAGCAUUGCAUCUUCUUCCUCCACUGCCGGAGCUGUUGCAAACGCUUACGCUGCUCCAGGUGCUGGCUUGGCCUUUGCUUUGGGUGUUAUGGCUUUGCUAUAGGCAACAUUUGGACUUGAAAGAAACUCCUCAAGUUUCUGCGUCCACAUCUACGUCUGUUUUAUUAUUUUAUCUGUGUUUAACUACAAUGAUAUCUU